CCUCCUCUCCGUCCGCUCAGCAAAAGCAGCGAUCGCACGGCGAAGCUUUGCUCUUCUCCUCGAAAUCUACCAUGGCGGCAUCUGUAGCAAGCUCUUUCUUCUUCGACGACGAGCCGGCCGGCGAGCGCGGCAUGGCCGCCAUGGACGCGUGCGCGCUCUGCGCCAAGCCGCUGGCGCGCGAGAAGGACAUCUUCAUGUACAGAGGGGACACCCCCUUCUGCAGCGACGAGUGCCGCCACAAGCAGAUGCGGGACGACGCCGUCUGCGAGAGGCACGCUGCCCGGCGGCUGCGGCCGUACUCGUCCGUGCCGGAGUCCCAUCGUGGGCAGCGAGAGUCCGGGGAGGUGUCCGUCGGGAGCUGACCGGCCAGAGCACCAACGAAAGAACUCUGAAGAACCAUCAAUUUUUGGAUAAUGGUAUUUCUCCGGUGCUCUUGGGUAUUAGGAGCU